GGUUUACCGGAACUCCCUACUCGCUACUUGGCAGAUUGCACCAAGUUCAGCGGGCGUAUCCUGAGCAAACGAUCGCCCUGCGCGAACGUGCCGAUCGUACCCCCGUCCCUCCCGAGACCGACAUCCUCCUGGUCGAGGUCGACAUCGAGCCCAGUCAACCUCCUAAACCCUUCUGGGCGAAACACGACAAUGUCUGCCACUUUACGCUCGACCUGGUCGAAGGCGAUCUAGCGGUAUACGAGGUGGACUCUCCCUUGCCUGGUUUCUUGCCGUUUGCGAGCGUAAAGAACACGACCAGGGUGGUCCAGACGGAAGAAGAGGUGAUCGCGAGAAAGAUGAGGGGGACGAUUGAGAUGCUUGCCUAUACGCUGAACGGGAUGGGUACGACCGACUCGAAUGGGCUGAGCAACUUACUAGACGCUGCGAUCGAAGACGUCUUGAUAACUACCAACGUCAACGCCGGGCACGACGACCUUCUCGUGGACUACCUCUCGCUCCUCCUCAAGGGACUAGAUAUGCAUAGCAGGAUGACCCGCGGGACGCCGAUGGAAACUUUCCACAAGUCGCUCGUCGUGAACUAUGAGUCGCGGUAUCCGCUGGCGGUGAGGGAAAAGGCUGAGCUAGAUUUCUCGGCCAAGAAUGGGAGCAAGGCGGGGAUGGACCUGUUGGCGCUCGCUUUCGGGUCGGCAGGAUCGAGUGAAAAGCGGAACCACCCCGAUAGACCUUCAGAGGAUACGCUCGUCCACGGUCGAUCUGCGUAUUCAGACGCGCUUUCGCCAGUCUCUACGACUGAUGGAAUGCCGUACGUGAACGUACACCAGUCGCAGUCGCCACAAUUCUUCUCCAACCCGUUCAGUCCCAAGACGACUUCUCGUAACGGUUCAUUCUCUCCGUACCCCAUGUCGGACAGGGGUUCUCUGAUGGACCGAUCGGACUUGGUCGUCUCGCCCGUGACGAGGAGCCCGUCGGUGGCUUCGAGGAGGAUCCCGAUGGGAGUGAGGAGGUUGGGAUCGUUGCUCUCCAAGUCCAGGAGCGGGAGUACUUCUUCAGGGGUUGUAUAGUGCGAUACUAGGCAGGUCGAUGAUCUUGAUAUGGUGAUUAGCUGUGAAACUUUGGGGCGUGUUUCAUGAUGUCGAGUCGAUUGUGAAACCCCGAUCUGCGAUCCUGC